AUGGUAUCAGAGCAAAACGAAGCAAACCUCGAAGCUUCUUCAAUGGCGUCCCCUGAUUCAAGCAACCAAUCUGAUCUAGUCAACAACCAAUCAAAUCUAAUCAACAAUGAAUCAAUUCCUAAGAAUCCAUAUUUUCACAGUGCAAGUGAGAAUCCAGGAAGCAUUUUAGUGACACAACCACUGCUUGGAAUGCGAAAUUAUCACUCCUGGUCAAGGGUUAUGAUCUUAGCUCUCACUGUUAAGAAGAAGAUAGGGUUCAUCAAUGGUAGAAUCCCUAUGCCCGAUCCAGAAUCUCCUCUCUAUGAAGAUUGGCCAAGCUGCAAUACGAUGGUACUUUCUUGGCUUAUCAACUCAAUGCAUGUUGAUGUAUCCAGUAAUAUAAUCUAUUGUAAAAUUGCUAGAGAUAUGUGGUUAGAAUUGAAAAACUUGUUUUCACAAGGCAAUGGCCCCAAAAUCUAUAAUCUUCAAAAGGAAAUUUCACACAUCACUCAGAAUCAAUUGUCUGUGACUGAGUAUUUCUCGAAAUUUAAGAGAUUAUGGGAUCAAUUGUUGAAUCUUGAGCCUAUACCAGAGCGUAGUUGUGGAGCAAUGAAAACCCUAAGUGCUACUCAUGAUAAAGCCCAUGUAAUGCGAUUUUUGAUGGGUUUGAAUGAAAAUUUUGAGACUCUAAGGACUCAGAUUCUGAUGUAUAAGCCUUUUCCUUCAAUUAGCAAAGUUUAUGCCUUAGUUCUUCAAGAGGAGUCUCAUAGGAACAUUGGACAUGGAGGAUCUUUUGCAGCAAAACCAGAUUUUGUUGCUAUGUAUGUUAAUUCAAAAGGGAAUAGUUCUGGGAAUGCAAAUUUGGACUAA